AUGGAGGAUGAGGAUCGAUUGUACCGACUAAAUGGCAUCGCUCACGUGGCAGGAAAUAUCGACGAAGAGCCUAGUAGGGUUAUUACAGCCGUUAGGCGGCAGCAGAAUAUGCCCUUACAUGACCGGAUUAUACCGUAUCUGGAGACUGCGGGGUUGUAUCAUCUUGCUAGGCUAAACAGUCAGUGGUUCUGGGUUGAUGAGUCUCUGCUUAGCGCAUUUAUUGAGCGUUGGCGUCCGGAGACCCACACGUUCCAUAUGCCGUUUGGUGAGUGCACCAUUACUCUACAGGAUGUUGCGUAUCAGCUGGAUUUGCCGAUUGAUGGUGAACCCGUUAGUGGGUGCUUGACUGAGUUUGAGAAUCUGAUGGAACACGGUAAACCAGCAUGGGUGUGGUUCCGGGAGUUGUUCGGGGAGUUACCUCCGCAGAGUAAAGUGAAGCAGAUGACAGUGUGCUACACCUGGUUCCACGAGAGGUUCCGUGUUCUCCCUGCAGAUGCUACUGAUGAGACCGUUCGUGUAUACGCACGCACUUAUAUCCUGAUGCUGUUGUCGUCCCAGCUGUUUGCGGACAAGAAUGCAAACAGGGUACACCUUCACUGGUUGCCUUUUCUGGCAUCAUUGGAUGACUUGGGCAGAUAUAGCUGGGGCUCCGCUGCACUAGCCUGGUUGUAUAGGUGUCUUUGUCGUGGUACAAACAGGAACGUCGUUAACUUGGCUGGGCCGCUACACCUACUACAGUCUUGGAUUUUCUGGAGGUUUCCCACUCUGAGGCCCACUGGUUUUGACCGGUUUGGUUUUCCGCUUGCUUCUAGGUGGGCGGAGUUUGUUCCGAGGAACGAUGCAGGGGCACAGAGAUUAGUUUCCGCACGCCUUGCACUUGAUCGGCUGCUUGUCCACGAUGUGAGUGACUUAUUCAUUACUGAUGGUCGAUCUAGUUUUUCUUACAUGGCACUGCCUCAUGAACGUCUUACUGUCUGUAUGCAGUUUGUGUGGGAGCCUUAUUCUCAUGCUGAUGUUACUGCUGUUAUUCAUCCGGAGAUACUAGUUGAUCAGCACCGACGGCUAUGGACGGCCGUCACUAGCCUGAUAUAUUUUGCUGCGAUCGAGUGGCAUCAGGUGGAUAGGGUUCUACCCCAGUUCGGCGGUGUUCAGCCUCUCCCAGAUGUAGCUCUGAACAUAGAUUGGCUACAUGCGAAGGAUGGUAGGGGUGGGGACCGGUGGUUUCCUUCAUAUUAUCGGGAGUGGCACCAGUAUUGGGAGAACCGGCAUCAGUCGGUCAUAUGGGUCGAUCAUGUCCUCGACCCGGGUCCAUCAUCAGAUUACCUAGAGUGGUGGUGCCGUGUGGCGCACAGGUUCCUAUCCCCAGAUGUAGCAUUUCAGGAUCCGAGGCCGAUUGUGUUGACUGAGGAGGCGCGUCACAGAGGGUCAUCCCAGGAACCUCCUAGAGUUCAUGUUUAUGACAGACCAGAUAACAGACGAGUUGAUAGGCGUCGCCGUAUUGGGACCCGGACCACCGAUCGCGAGUGGAGGGAGUUUGCCGACCGAUUGGAGCAGGACGUUCCUGGAGCUGAGGCUGGGGAUCCAGUGGACUACCGUGUUCCUCGACGUAGAGGCAGACGGCCACCUGCGCGGCCUGACCGUCGAGGUGGGCAUGAUGGAGGACCAUCCGAGCAGGGGGGCGGCACUAGUCACGUCGCCGCUGAGGAUGUAGUUGGAUCAGCAGCAGGCAUGUCUCAGCCGACGUUCGACGUGGGUUCUAGCUCACAGCUGUUUGGGAACGUGAGCCCAUAUGGUUUUGCCGAGUUUACGACCGCGGCUGUUGGGGUGGACGUUGCUGAUCCCGUUACUGAGUCCGAGUUUUACAGAGACAUAGCUGACAUGCUUAGGGAUGAUGAUCAGACCCAUUAUAGGCCACAGAUGCCUGAGGAGCAUGCCCAGUUUGGUGCUCAGCAGACAGGCAGUGACGAUGUUCAGGCUCAGUUGGGAGUUGACCUGAACGAGCCAGUAGUUUCGCCGUCCGACCCAUGGUUUGCUUUAGGAGGUACACCUGCCUCCGCUUUCAGCGCGGCUCCCGCACACCCCACAGCACCAGCGGCAGAUCAGCGACCUAGGCGGGUUAGACAUCCUCCUUUGUGUGGCACCGGAGGGCACUUGCUUGGCCAGUUCGAUGACGAUGACAGUGACACCAUUGAGGAUUCUGAUUAG